CAUAACAAUAAUGUAGCCCAACUAGUUGUUUAUGUAAGGGUAGUUUGGGAAUUUUAAUAUCUCUGCAACACCUAUAUAAUUCAAUGUUUUCAUUUCAACAAAUUUCAAGAUGAGUUUUUUAUUUUGAUAGGUAGAAAAAGUUCUUCCAAAGCAUCAAAUCAAAGCAAAGAAAAAAUAGUGAAAACUAUAUAUCAACUAUAAUGGCAACAAGGGAAGUUAUAUUUGAAGAGAACUUGAAAAUUGAUCAAGGGGUGGCUGGCGAAUACCUUCAACUUAUUCGUAGAAUAUGCGAAAAAUUGGGAAAAAUAAAUGAAAAUGGUAGGGGAUUUUCACAAACCGCUGUUGCACUCGCUGAUGUGGAAGCCUUGUUCGAUUUGAUAUUAAGUACGAGUUUAGUAGAAAAUUCUGUUAGGUUUCGAUUUCGAACAGAAGAUGUCUACUUGAUUGGUUUUAAGAUAGAACAAAAUGGAAAUUGGUUUGCAUUCGAAGAUACCAAAGAACUGAUUCGAGGUUCACAAUCCCUAGGGUUUAAUAGUAGCUACCAAAAAUUGGACAAAAUGCCGAUUGGAUUUCAAAACCUCCGACAAUCCAUAAUUAACCUAGCAACCGGAAAUGAUAGAAGCACAUGGCCAUAUGAUUUGACAAGAGUGAUCAUGUUUACAUCCGAAUCGUUGAGAUUUAAACCUAUAGCCGAGCUCAUGCAGAGUGUUCUCCAAAAUCCUCACGAAGAACCUCCCGUAAUUAUCGAAACUUGGGUUAAAGACCUAGUUCAUAAUUGGGAAUAUCUUUGUAAAUUUGUGCAUUUGAGUAACAGCAAAAGUGGAGUUAGGAAGGAAGAUAUAUACAAACUCAAAGUAGGGUUACAAGCUAAACAUUUAAAAGUACCAUAUAAUUUCGAUAGGGAUUGGCCGUGCGAAGAGAGUAAACUUAUUAAGGGAAAAGAAGUACCAUUAGUUGAGUUAAAGAUUGUUGUUGAUAGAAUUGUAAGCAUAAUGGGCAUACUGGUUAAGUUUAAAGAUUAUUAAUGCGUUGAUAUUAUUCUAAUAAUGUUGUAUGAUAUAAUUUUAGUAAAUUUAUUUCAAACGUACGUCUUUAAUUUGUAUUGAUCAUAUUGUUAUGAUGAUUAAUUCAAAAAGAUUAAUAAAAAAGCACACAUUGACUGUGUUUUCGGUUUUCA